CUGAGCAUACAGCUGGCAAUACAAAGUUCAAAUCUCUUUCGUUUUUGUUUACAUCACUUUUGCUUAUUAACAAAUUAGUUAAUGACUCUUACCGAAAUAUGCCUGACAAAAGCUUACGUCAUCAGCUCUCUGACAAGGAGUCGGUUGCGGCAACUAAUAUGUCAUCAAACUAGAAACAAAAGUAACAGUGCGUCAACUGCCAAUGUAAAACUCCUAACUGUGGACGACUUUACGGAACUCCUGGGUGAUGUGCAGCGAGAACGCUGCAUGGAUCGGCUACGCAAGAUGCCGGUCUUUCCUCCACCCAAGUCGUGGCAUCCCAGCAGGCAUGAGAAGCACACAGCGUCCGUGCUAAUAGCUUUGUGUCAGGAGCGGGACACGAAUGAAGUUUCGAUACUAUACACCCGCCGCUCUCGACACUUGCGUAGCCAUAGCCUACAAAUAUCGUUUCCGGGUGGCAAACGAGAUGAAAGUGACGAGAGCUUUAUGGAUUGUGCACUGCGAGAAACGGAGGAAGAGAUUGGUCUACCACGACAACGCAUUCAAAUGUGGGGUGAAGGGAAACUUUUAUUUUUACCACGCACCGCCGCCAUCGUACCAGUUGUGGGCGUAGUGCACGAUUUUCAUGUUUCCGAACUCAAGAUUAACCUGGACGAAGUGGAGGAGGUUUUCUGCAUACCAAUCAACUCACUAAUCUCCCCAACAGCCACUAGACACACUCAAUUUCGCACUGGCUACAGCGUACCCGUGUUUGUGGUGGAUCAACUUCGCAUCUGGGGAAUUACUGGCUAUUUGACAUAUUUCUUCCUACGCAGCCUGCUAUCCAGUACAAUGUUGCCCGAAACACUCAAAACUAAUAUGAAAUACGUACGACCCUAUAAACUGCCGCCAAAGCUACCUCAUCACCAUAUAGAAGCAAACGAAUGAACAAGUAGACUUCGAGUUUGAAUUUGUUUUUG